AUGAAAACAUGGAACAAAGAAUAUCCUUUAAAAUUUAUUCAGCUGGAAAAACGACUUCAGGAGAAGAAGAAGGAGUUACCAAUUAUUUCAUUUAAUGAAAUUAAGCACAUCUCUACUGAUACAACUAAUCCAUUAAAUGAUGAGGAACUCCGAUUGUUCCUGGAAUUUCACCAUGAAAUCAGAGCUUUAGUUUAUUUCAAAGAUCUUCCGUCUUAUAUUAUUUUAGACACACAAUGGUUGUCUGAUGCGUUUAGAUGUAUAGUCACAGCAAAGAAAUUUAGAGCUAUUAGUUUUAGACAUAGAACAAAAUGGGAUGAAUUGUCAAUUAGGGGAAAAUUACAUAACGAGGUUCUGGACGACAUAUUUAGCAAAAGUGGAAACACUUUUUCCAAACACAAGGAUCACAUCCUGAACGUUAUGGAGAAAUUUGAUAUCAUUAUACGUCCAAACAUAUCAGGAACUGAAAGAGACGCUGUUGAUGACAAAUCUCUUUAUUAUAUACCUUGUAUGAUUAAAUCAGAACCUGAGUGCGAUAUCUACGAAAUAUUUAACGUGACAGAAUACACAUGUACUAAGUCUAACUGGUUAUGUUACAUGUUUAGGUUUCUACCACCUCAUUUAAUGAACCAUUUAAUUGCAUCAUUAUGCAGGAAAUACAAAGUUGCAGAAGUUGUCACUAAGGCACAGAAAAAACAAAUUGCUCUUUUCAGAAGCUCAGCUGUCUUUGAGUUAGAGAAAACGACAAAAUUAGCAAAAUUACAUAUAAUGAAAUUUCCAAAUUGGAUUCAAAUUCAGGUUUGGCAAUUUGGGAAAGAACGUGAAAGAGGUUUGUACAAAUACAUUGACCACUUUGUGACAGAGGAAAUUGUCAAGAUAAUAAACACAAGAUUUAAGAUGUCUAAUGUGAAAUUUUGGAAAAGUUGGGAAUGUGGCCUUACAAAACCAGAGUCUGUGACAGGAUCAAAGGAUUUUAGUGAGGAGCAGAUUUCAGAAUAUUACUGUGUUAAAUGUACAAUCACCCAUAUAUUCAUUGAUGAUUGGCAAGAUCUGACAAGAAGAAGACCAUGCCUGCCAAUUAGUUGUGAGAUCAAACCAGGAUUAAAUCAAAACAGAGAUAGCACCAGUCACACCACAACUACAUACUCUAAGGUAACCAGCAAUUUUGUGAGGGUAGAUGAAAGUGCUAUUGAUCUGGUAAUAUAG